AUGAGCUCAUUGGUGCAUCCCUCCAACGUGUCACCACUUUUGGUGGAUUACCCCAGAUGAUAUCUUCACCUUCAGGAGGGUGAAACACCAUUCCUUUCGCUCAACGCCUGUCCUCACGGUGUCCAGCUGCCAACAAGGACCUUGGACAAUAUUUGGAAAACUUGUGGCUUCCAAAGAACAACUCAGGGAGAAGGGAUUUGAAGACUUUUUUUUAUUUUCUCUUUUACGCACGUCGAGCAUAAAAAUGCAUUUAUAUACUUCAGGGUCAAGGAUGACGCCGUCCUUUUCAUUGUUAUCAUUUCUGUUUCUGGCACCCUUGUUACUGAAUGGUCUCUGGGUUAGUGGCUCCCCAGGGUGCGCUUCGUGUGGCUUACCGGCAAUGGAGAGAGACGCAGAGGAAAGGCUGAUGAUAGAAAUCGCCAAGCACCAAAUUCUGGAGAAGCUGCACCUGAAAGAGAGACCAAACAUAACUCACACUGUGCCCCGGGCAGCGCUCCUCACGGCGCUGCGCAAACUGCACUCGGGGCGCGUCAGACAGGAUGGUACUCUUGAACUAGAAAACAAUAUACCUACCAAAGAUCAAGGCUAUGAAAUAGUGAGCUUUGCAGAUAUAAGUGAGACAGGGAGUGGAGAUGAGGCCAGCCUUACCUUCCAGUUUCUGCAGGAACGUGGCCAGAAUAUUCAGGUCCUCCAGUCCUCUCUGUGGAUCUACGCCCGCUCCUCUGAGGACCCUCACCGGGACUCCCGCCUCCCUGCCAGAGUCUUCCUUUCCGCAGAUGGUGGGGCGCCUGGCACUAACCGCACCCUGGUGAUAGAAAAGAUGUUGGAGGUCCAGGACAGUAACUGGCACACCUUUACCAUCACCCGCACCCUGCAGGCAUUCCUCGACGGUGGUCAGCGCCGGCUACGGCUGGAGGUAAGCUGCGAUGAAGAUGGGAAGAACCUUUGCUCCUUAGAUGGCUCCGCGGACACCCCCUACCAGCCCUUCCUGGUUGCCCAGGUGCGUCUCCGUGACGACCACUCCAAACACGUACUCAGGAAGCGCUCCUUGCGUUGUGGUGACGAUGUAACGGUGUGCUGCAAGAGAGACUUCUACAUCAAGUUCAAGGAUAUACAGUGGGAUGAGUGGAUCAUUGCACCUGAAGGCUACCAUAUGAACUACUGCAUAGGUCAGUGCCCCCAGCAUCUGUCUGGUUCCCCAGGAAUAGCAUCCUCCUUCCAUGCCACUGUCUUCAGCCAGCUGAAAAUCAACGGCAUCAACACAGCUACAACCUCAUGCUGUGUCCCCACUGAGCGCCGGCCACUCUCCAUGGUCUUCUUUGAUUCUCAGCACAGUAUUGUCAAAAUGGACGUUCCUGACAUGAUAGUGGAGUCCUGUGGAUGUACAUAAAGGACAGAGUAUAAAAGACAUGGUAUACUAAACAGAUUUGUUUGGUGUGUAUUGUAAACAGACAGACUCACAAAAAGAUACAAACACACAUGAACAAAAGAGAUGUGUCUAACUCUGGAUAACCAACAUUUAUGUUAGUUUCCCCACAAGACACUGUAACUCAUUUUGAGGCAACUUCUGAUGAACUGGGCCACAAAAUGAAAAGAAAUUCCAUCAUAUAAAGAUACAUUUUUGGCAGUAUGGUUGAUAACAGCUUAAUUUCAGUCUUUUUCCCCAAAAGAAUAUAUUUUUAAAAUCUACAUAUGUUAACAAGUUUGCUUUGCAAGUUUUCUAUUUUCAUUUUAAAGUCUUGUAAUAUGAAGUAGGUAGAGAGAAGCAUACGUUUAUACACUAACACAUUAAGUCUGAAUGGCGAGACAAUUCUUUGACCAUAUUUUGGAGGCAUAAUUUGAAGAGAGGACUCAAACUAAGCAUUGACAUUUAGUAAGACUCAGCCCAGAUAGAAAAGGUGUGACAUAAAACCUUUUAUAGUGGUGACAAGCAGAUCAGGUCAGGGCUAAUUGAUGUCCCACAUUAAAGGAAUUGUUUAUGGAGAUUAGUGUGACACCAUCACUGUGGUGUAAAUCUUUUUUCUCUCUCUUCAUAUGUAGUUUAUUUAUUUUGUUCAAAGCAGUAAAAGUUUUAUGGAUCUCAGGAAACUGUGAUAAGAAGUGACACCACUUUUAACUCUUUCAAGAUGCUUAUAGUCACAGUGUCCACAUAUAAUAUAUAGAAUCAAAAUACUUUAUUUUACAGAACUGCUUUAUUUUAUGACAGGUCUGCCCCUUUCUUUGUCUACUUCAUUAGUGUCAUUUUAAAGCAAGGUUUUUAAAACCAUGUAAGCAAUCCUUGGUUUAAAGUGUGCCUUCUUCUAAAACUCUGGAUGACAAAGUGCAACUUGAAUAUCAAGUAAUUUGGCUAAACGAGGUCGAAAUACCAAAGAGCAUCUAUUUAUACUCAACUUCAUUUUAAGUAUAUCACUUUUUUCCACUACUGACUAAUGGUGACACAAUGCUCAUGUGGACUACUGGUAUUCUGAUCAUGUUACGUUGUCUUAUAUUACAUUCAUUUUAUUGUGAAGUUGUGCUAAGAAGCGGUUGUUAGGAAAGUGCAAGAAAACACUGAAAUGAAACCAGUUUGAACAGGUAAAAUCUGCUCUGAUCUCUGGCUGACAGCAGUCAAUUCUGAAUGCAGACUGAAAUAUGUUUAAUCAGCAUCUUCACUGUAUUAUUUACACAAGUCGGCUAAUCAGUUGGGUAACUGUGACUCCGACAGCAUAUGAACCCAGGGUUAUUUUCCAGCAGCGUGAGCAAACAUUUAGCUAUUGCUUCAGUGUCAGGUAAUGUGAAGGUCUGUGAGGCAGCUGGGUCAAUGAGCAUGUGAUGUUGCACAUUUGCAGUUAUGUCUCUCAAAGUCUAAAAUUACAACAUUUCGAGCUAAAGGUAAUCUGUUAAUCAUUUUUGGGGGGGUUGAAAAACGUCCUUGGACACCAUUAGCACAAUAUAUGGUGCUAUAAUUUAUAACUCAUAACUCAAUGCUCUAAUGUGGAUGAAUACUAGUGCCCCACAAUGCAGCUCAUAAUGCAAAUGGAGGGUCUACUGACAGCUGGGGAAAAAUUGAAACAGUGGGGCAGCAGCUUCCAAAACAAAGAGGUAUUUGAAUAAAUUCUUGGAAAAAUUCUUAAAGACACAUUUUAUCAGUUUUGAAAUUGGCAGUUGAGUUAAAAAGUUAAAGACUGACAUCUGUCAGCACAUGCCUUGUGUAAUUUCAUGUAAGGAAACAUUACAUAGUACACUAAUUUCUUGUAUACCUGCUAAGUAUUACACUGCUAGCACCAAAUAGGUCUAUAGUAUAGAUUUGAAAACCCAGGCCUUUUUUUUUUUUUUUUAUAUCUCACCUAUGUUUACACUAACCAGUGUAAAUGUCAAAGAUCUUAUCUCUUUUCUGUUGUUUCAUGGGUUUGUCCUUACUGUGUUGGUAAACUCUUUGGCUUAAAGACCUGCACUGUGCUGCUGGUAUACACAGGAAAUAUUUUCAGUGUUUUCAGUUAGUUGGAGCAUUUUGCACAAACAUUAUAAACAAGGUCUUUCUUUUCAUUUGUGUCCAAAUAUUAUACACAUUUGUUUUACCUGUCUCUGCUGCCUCUAAAAGCUUCACUUCUUGUAUCAAUGCUUUAGAGUUCAAACUUAUGAAAAAAAUGCUUGAGUUUAUUGUUUGUUUUAUCUUGUAAGCACUUCCUGUCCCAGGACUCAAUGUGACAUUGAGGUGCCAUUGUACUAUAACUUACUAAGCACUUUAACAGCCUACUGUAUUUUUAGAGCAAAUUUUGUAAAUAGGCCCACAGAGAGCAAAUGUCAAUCAACUCAUUUUCUUAAACUGUUGUGCUAAAACGUGUGGUAUUGUAUGUACUUGCAGAGCACACAAAUGAUGCAACAGUUUCUGUACAGUGUGACUGAUGGAAAUGGAGCCAGGAUUUUACUUGUUUCAAUUUAAAGUUAUAAUUGUGGUCUUCAUUUUUUAUACCAUGCUAUAUUUUAUGUAUAAUGAAUUAUUUGUAUAGCAAUUUAAUGUAAGGCAUUUGUCUUAAUGUGCUGAAAUGACAUGAUCACAGUUAAAGUAUAUUUUUAAUAAAUAUUUUAAAUCAACCUA